GCUAUAACCAAUCACGUGUUAAGGCUUGCAGCGGUUCUCUCCUGAAAGAUAGAUCCAGUUGGGAAAGUUAAGGUAGCUCAUGAGCUCAACUGUAACGAUCUUGUUGGGAAGAGCAUUCAACUUAUAAGACUAACACUAUGGCAUCCUUGACAACUCCACUUCUCUCUGUGGCACCAACUCGAGCUCUUGUUGAUGAGAAGUUCAAGGUGCGAGUAGAAAACCUUCCUGCCGGACUUCCAUUCACUCUUCACUCUCUCCACCUAUCAGAAGACAAUGACUACUGGGAGGCAUUUGGUCAUUACGUCAGUAACUACAAUGGAACAGUGUGUGUUUCAGAGCAGCUGAGUCUAGGGGGGACAUACAUGGGGAGAGAGCCCAUGGGUUUGUUGUGGAGUUUACGUCCAAUUCCAGGAAGCCGCAAAGGCCUCAGAUUAAGGAAGAUGGAUGUCUCUAGUCCUCUGCUGUAUACCAUUUCAGUAUAUAGUGGGCAUUUAGCUGAGGGAUUUAGAGACCAGACACCAUUGGCCUCAGUGUUGACAGAGCGGUGGUACAUGGCUCCAGGAGUUCAGAGAAUCAGCAUCAAACAAAACACAGUGAGAGGGACUCUGUUUUUACCACCAGGCCUUGGUCCCUGCCCUGGACUCCUGGAUCUGUGGGGUGGUGGAGGUGGCCUGAUAGAGUAUCGUGCUGCCAUACUGGCUUCAAAUGGUUAUGCAGCUUUUGCCUUGAAGUACUUGACCUCUGGAGAGUUAGAGACUGCUGAGCUGGAGAUGAACUAUUUUGAGACAGCAUUUAAUAUAGUGAAGGACCAUCCUCGUGUGAUACCUGACAAAAUCGGGAUAGUUGGGCUAUCCUUUGGUGCAACUAUGGCCCUCCAUUUGGCAUCUGAGAGCAAUGCUAUUAAGCCUUGCUGCUGUGUAUGUAUCAAUGGACACAAUUUCUAUUCCCAUGGGAAGUCCAUUGGUGAAAUCCUCACUCUAAGGAAAAGUAAGUUACGUCUAGAAGAAGAUAAUAACCAAAUAUGGAGGCAUAUGUAUGAUCUGAGCAGUGAUACUAAUAAAAUUGAUGUGGGAAAAAUAAAUUGUCCAAUGUUGCUGGUGUGUGGUGAGGAUGAUCAGAAUCUUCCUGCAGUGGAGGUUGCAGAUGAUAUUGAACGAAUUAUGUGUGCUGCAGGGAAAGGCCACUUACUGUCCAGAAUAAAUUAUCCUGGAGCUGGUCAUCUAAUUGAAGUUCCCUAUUCCCCUCAUUUCAGAGUGACAGCAUUCAGGGAAACCAAAACACAAACAGUCAUGGUAGUGUGGGGAGGGCACACAAAACCUCAUUCAGAUGCACAGGAAGACUCAUGGAAGAAGAUCUUGGAUUAUCUACAACACCAUCUGUUCUCAAGCUCUAGUCUCAAGGCUAAACUGUAAAGAAGCAAAAGUACAAUAUUUGCAACAUUUGAAAUUGAAAACAUGUUUUGCUAAUUUGUAUCUGCUAAUAUUUUAAAAAAUUUAUAAUCAAGGGUGUAGUGGGCGUGGUAGGCGGGGGUGUGCCGUCCACCCACUUCUCCUGACAUGAAAUAUUAAAAAAAUAACAAAUAUAAAAGCCUACAACUUAAAUGUCAAACCAGAGCUACUGGCAAUAGUGAAAACAACCUACAUAGACUCAUGAUAUCUGUACUAUCCUAUAGUGACCUGCAACAUGAGGGGACCAGAACUAAAAAACACAGCCGUUGCCCAAUUGCACUUUGCAGACACUCUGCUUUGCCGACUCAGGGUUCUCUCUCUCUUCUCUCCAAGAGUAGUCCAGAUUUAGACCUGGUUUAGUCCUGUUUCAGUCCUGGUUUAGUCCACCUGGUUCAGUCACGAAUCGUGUACCCCCACUUAAAAAAUCCCCACUACACCACUGUGUAUAAUGUAUUUAUAAUCAAAUUAUUUGUUUGUUUUAUUAUUCUACCAAAACCUGGAAUGAUAUUAACAUCGUGGUGCAUAGGGGUCUCAACAAUUGGUAUACAGGCCUAUAUGCUAAGGCUGGUUUAUGGUCAGCUCAGCGGGGCCUGAUGCUGGAAUAUAAACCAGCCUUAAACUUCAUAUGAUUAAUAUUUUGGUAAAUAUAGAAAGAACAUUUUAACCUCUUAAGCAUUU